UACAUAUUAAGACCAGUUAAGAGUAAACAUGUCACCUAUCAGCUUGCUGCUUCUAGUACUUAAUUUACUCCUUUUAAGCCAUUUGACGGACACAGUUAAAAGGCAUAAAAUAAAGCAAAACUCUUUGCAACAAACCAAACAUGAACAUUAUAUCAAGACAUCAGAGUGCCAUAUACCCUAUAUCCCAAGGGAAAUAAAAAAUAUAAAAAGUAUAUCUAGAAAUGAAAAAGUUUGCUCCCCAGAUGAGAGUUUGAUCAGCAUUAGUUUCGAUGAGAAAACCCAGCAAUAUGUUUUACAUGUUAACGAUUCUGUUGCCCAAUUGAGACUAAGGGCUUUGGAGGAUAUACCCCUCAGCUUGGGGGGAUAUAAUUGCAGCUACCAAGAGAUCCAAAGGGUAAAUCAAACAUAUAAAGCUAAAGAACCUGUUGUCUUGGGUGAAGAAGUGGCCUUUUGGGAUGGCUAUUUGGUACCUCGUAAUGUCCAGGGCAUGACAGCUGCCUGUCGAAAUGAGCUGGCUGAGGAACUUCAAACAGAUACCUUUGCCCUUGUGCAGCCUAAAAAGUCAUAUACCCCUCUAAGCUCAUGGCAUCGCAGACCCAGUGUUCUAAUGAUUGGCAUCGAUGGAAUAUCUCAAAACAACUUUCACAGCAAUAUGCCCAGAAUAUUCAAUUAUCUAAAAACGAAUGGCUGGUUCAGUAUGGAUGGUUACACCAGGGUGGGUAAAGAUACUCUACCCAAUCUAAUGGCUAUGCUAACAGGUUAUAGUCCUCAUACUUGGUCUAAUCUGAAGUGCCAAUCGGAAAGACAAUUGGGAUGCCUUAAGACAAUACCUUUGUUAUGGAAGCGUUUUAAGAAAAAGGGUUAUAUCACUGCCUAUGGUGAGGGCAUGUCCGACUUGACAAUGUUUAAUGUGGAUAAGUUUGGAUUUUCUGAAAAUUCCAUUGACUUUUAUGCUCGACCUUAUCUUGAGUUAAAGAAAAGACAAGAUUGCAUUGACAGGCGGUUAAAUAUGAGAUAUAUCCUAGACUUUUGUGAGGAUUUUGUUAAGCAACACAAAAACAUCUCUCGGCCUUUGUUCGGACUUUGCUUUAGCAUUAGUAUAAGCCCUGAAAGGUCCUAUGCCAAUGACAGAAUGCAAACUGAACUCUUGGAAAAACUGGAGAAAUUUAAGAAAAUGAAUGUGCUUUCCCAGUAUAUUGUGAUACUUUUCAGUGAUCAGGGAUCAUUAGAAAAGGGAAAAAAUAAGGACUUUAUAGAGAAAAGUCUGCCAAUUUUAUAUAUUUGGUUGCCAACAUGGUUUAGGCUAAGACAUCCCGAAAUAGUUCAAGCCUUAAGGAUCAAUAGCAAACGCCUGACUUCCCCCUACGAUCUUCACCUGACACUGCAACAUCUUUUGGAACUGGGAGAACGUUGGCCUCGAGCUGUGGAUAAGCUGGUGGAUUGCCCCACCUGUCAAACACUUUUUGCUCCAAUCCCCGAGAACCGCACCUGCUCAGAUGCUGGAAUAGGAGAGACCUACUGCCCUUGUGAUAGCUAUAAGAUGCUCAAUAACAAGCAGGUCAAGCAAUUGCCCUUGGGAAAGCUUCUCAUUCGCAGUAUUAAUAGUUUUCUCAACCAUAACAAUUUGCGGGAACUCUGCUCCAAACUAAGUUUGAACUCCAUCAAAACUGUGCUACAACGUAAGGAUGUGAAGUUUACAAAUGGCAGUACUUAUCGAGUCGAAUUUACUGCCAAGCCAAAUAACUUAAGGUUUUCGGCCACCACACGCUAUAAUCAUAAAAACCAAGUUUUGGAAUACCUAAAUGUAGAGUCCAUAAACCGCCUUAAUAACUAUCAAAAUGAUUCCAACUGCAUGCGAAGAUUGCGAGGCCGAAAGUUCUGUGUUUGCAAAAAACGAAUAGUUAAGGCUAAAACUAAAUCUAAAGUUAAAGUCAAGGAAAAGCUGCUGAAAAACAAAAUCUGGAAGAAAGUAGAUGAUAGUUUAUAUAAAUUGCCAGAUAUGCAACCAGAAAACAACCAAAACAUUGAAAUUAUAUCGGUAUAA